ACACAUUUAUCAAAUAUGACUGUUUAGUAAACUUAGUCAAUAAAGGUAUAUUUUCAAUACUUGCAGUGACAAUGACAAAGGCCCUUUGAUCACGGAGAUGUACCAUGAGUGAAAUUAGCGACUCAGUCAAUGGAGGCAACAGAUGCUGCAGGCCUUUAAUCGGUGCCUGAUACGUGCAUGUCGUUCAUCGUGAUUAUGUAAGGCACUUAUAAGUGACUCGCCAUCAAAUUCCAUGCUUGCCAUAUGUUUAUGUCUCAUUUGUAUAAAAGCGUAGCUGAUUGAUCUACAGUUCAAGUGAAUGACAGGUUGUUAUUAGAAAGGGGAGGGGAGUGUGACGGAAAGAAUUGAAUGGAACACGCGCAGCGCGUUCAGCGCACGACUCAGCGCAGUCCAUCCCUUUGGAUCCUACUGCUGCUCAGAGCUCUAGGAUACGUUCACUUAUGCGUAGCAAAACAAAGAAUAAUCUCUGUUUCCAAAGAACUGUUCGAAUAUUAUCGGUAGCCUAUUUGAGAAGUACUCUAUCAUAUAGAUCAGAAGUGCCGUGCUCUUCAAGUGUCAAUUAUUUAGUGGAGUUGUCACUAGACAUUUUGUUACGACUGUCUCCCAAACGCGUUUGCCCUGUAGUGACCGGAACAGCAAUAUAAAUGAAGAGGGACUUAACGUGACCGUAUUGAGCAGAGCACUUGCGGGUUUUGGUGCGCUGCGAAGGUGUAUGCCAAUUCAACGGCUACCACCUCCAGGCAUUGAAUCCAAGUAAAUAUCGGCAGGGUGACUAGAGGAAUGGCUGCGGCAAACAACGGAUCAAACACAACUAGGACCUUUACAAAUCAGUUUGUACAACCGCCUUGGCGCAUCGUGCUAUGGUCGGUCGCGUACAGCCUUGUGCUCGCCGUGGCAGUUUUUGGGAACCUGAUAGUGAUUUGGAUCGUAUUGGCGCACAAGAGGAUGCGGACCGUGACAAACUACUUUUUACUCAACUUGGCUUUCUCUGACGCCUCAAUGGCCGCGUUCAACACGUUGAUUAAUUUCAUAUAUGCUGCUCACGGCAAUUGGUACUUUGGAGAAUCAUACUGCAAGUUCCACAACUUUUUCCCAGUCACAGCAGUGUUUUCAAGCAUCUAUUCAAUGAGCGCAAUAGCGGUCGACAGGUACAUGGCCAUCAUCCACCCGCUGAAACCCAGGCUGUCGGCCACAGCCACCAAGGUGGUGAUCUUGUGUAUCUGGGCGCUGGCCGUGGUGCUGGCCUUCCCCCUCUGCUUCUACUCCACCAUCCGCAUCCUGCCCCGCCGGACAAUCUGCUACGUGGCUUGGCCCCGGUCAUCAGAUGACUCCUUCAUGUAUCAUAUCAUUGUGACGGUGCUGGUGUACGUGCUGCCCCUAGUGGUGAUGGGUAUCACCUACACCAUUGUGGGCGUGACGCUGUGGGGAGGAGAGAUCCCGGGGGAAGCAUCAGAUAACUACCACAGCCAGCUCACAGCCAAGAGGAAGGUGGUGAAGAUGAUGAUCAUUGUGGUGGUGACCUUCGCCCUCUGCUGGCUGCCGUACCACGUCUACUUCAUCGUGACGGGACUCAACAAGGCUCUGAUGAGGUGGAAGUCCAUCCAGCAGGUCUACCUGUCAGUGAUGUGGCUGGCCAUGAGCUCCACCAUGUACAAUCCCAUCAUCUACUGCUGCCUCAACAGCAGGUUCCGGGCGGGCUUCAAGCGGGCGUUCUGUUGGUGCCCGUUCGUCCGGGUAUCCAGCUAUGACGAGCUGGAGUUGCGCGACAAUACCACCCGCCACCGAUCCGGCCACCUGGGCAGCAUGUGCACCCUCUCCCGCGUGAACACUGGGACCAACAGCACCAACAAUCGCCAACACAGCAUCAAAAAGGCAGUCUCCAGCUGCCAUGGCAAUGCCAGUGUUAACGGAGAUAACCAUGGUAACCAUGGCAACCAACCGGCGGUAGCCAAGUCCAACCUUUACAGUGACCCCGAUGAUGUGGCCGACGAUCAGUUCUCCUGAGAUGUUUAUGACGACCACGACCACAUUCUAGAGUGUUCACGAGUGGUUUGGAAAGUCGUUGUCAACAUUUCGCCUUCUCGAACUUCCCUCAAAGAUUCCAAGCAAAAGCCUUUAGAUUUUCAUUUUAUUUUACCAAGCAUAAGUAUUUCAUGUGAGUUUGUUGCAAACGCGGUUGUUCUGUAUAAAGUAUUUUCUGCUGGCUUGAUGCAGUGAGAUUCUUUUGAUUUGAUUUGUAUUUUGCUUAGCUUUCGAAAAUCAUUUGUUUCUGCCUUUUCUCAUUUCCAAACCCCCCUCAUGACACUGACUGGACAUCUGGUAGGCUGCUGUCUCGACGGGCAGAUUUGUGACAUCUGGACUAAGCAAUGAAGGCAGAGCUUACCAGUAGUUUACCAGUGUGGGCAUGCAUCUAUUACUCAGGCAGACUCCCCUUGAAGGAAUGUUAGGAGUGGUUGGAGGUUGGGCAUAUAUAUAUAUAUAACGCAUAAUAAUGAAAUGGGAAAGUUGUUGCACACAGACGGUUUAUUAAUGUGUCUUUCUGUACCAUAAUCAUACACCCUUUAUCAGCUUGUCAUCAGUUCUGCAGACUGAUACCCCACAGAUUGAAAUAGCUGUGGACUGUAUGUCCUGAAAUUGUAUUAUUGUUUUUAGAGAGAGAGAGGCACCUGGGGCAAGAUCAGAUUAUUCAGUGUUUCUCUUUCAGCCUGCAAUUUCCUGAGGAUAAAUGAGAACGAUAGGAUGUUCCAUUUUGUUAUUGACAUUUCUCUCAUAAGCUGCUUUUGUCGUUAUAGGAAUCGUACAGUGCCAUUUAUUUUUUAAAUGUACGAGAUAUAUGUCUUAUGUAAGCAGAGGAUUGGUCUUUGCUUUUGUGAUAUACCGUGGUGUAUACUUACUGUGGUUAAGCCCAUUGUUAGCACUUUAGUCAUUGAGGGAUAAACGCCGACAAACACACGCACACACAAAGACAUGCACAGACACAUUCAGCCAUCAACGUGAAAGUAUUUCACCGAGACGUACUGUGAAGUACGGUGUACUAAAACUAAUCAUCAUGGGAAAUGGUGCCGUAUUAAAACACAAUCUGAGAGCUUUUUUGGGGGAUAAAAACCCACCCAUCCAUCUCUUUGAUUCCAUGAAGACCUUUAAUCCAGAGCUCAGGGCUCUUACAUAAACAUGCCAGUACUCCCUUUCCCUCUCUCUGAUAAGCGUCUCGUCACCUUAUCACACACAUUCGCACACACACGUAUGCAUAUGCACACACACUCGCACGGACGGGCGUGCACACACACCCACGUGCGGGUGCACGCACCCACAUACACACACACACUAAUCCCAGUGAAAGGAUAUUGCAGUUAUUUAUUGUGUAGUGGGAUUAUCACUGUAAUGUGAAUUGGCAAUAUAGGUCCUUCUGGUAUUGUACUACAAAAUACGGCAAGUUAUUCAUGACAUUUAAUCCUGGUAAAACUUCCCACUCUCAGGUCAGUUAGGAUCACCACUUUAUUUUAAGAAUGUGAAAUGUCAGAAUAAUAGUAGAGAGAAUUAUUUAUUUCAGCUUUUAUUUAUUUCAUCACAUUCCCAGUGGGUCAGAAGAUUACAUACACUCAAUUAGUAUUUGGUAGCAUUGCCUUGAAAUUGUUUAACUUGGGUCAAAUGUUUUGGGUAGCCUUCCACAAGCUUCCCACAAUAAGUUGGGUGAAUUUUGGCCCAUUCCUCCUGACAAAGCUGGUGUAACUGAGUCAGGUUUGUAGGCCUCCUUUGCUCGCACACGAUUUUUUAGUUCUGCCCACAAAUUUUCUAUGGGAUUGAGGUCAGGGCUUUGUGAUGGCCACUCCAAUAUCUUGACUUUGUUGUCCUUAAGCCAUUUUGCCACAGCUUUGGAAGUAUGCUUGGGGUCAUUGUCCAUUUGGAAGACCAAGCUUUAACUUCCUGACUGAUGUCUUGAGAUGUUGCUUCAAUAUAUCCACAUAAUUUUCCUGCCUCAUGAUGCCAUUUAUUUUGUGUAGUGCACCAGUCCCUCCUGCAGUGAAGCAGCCCCACAACAUAAUGCUGCCACCCCCGUGCUUCACGGUUGGGAUGGUGUUCUUCGGCUUGCAAGCAUCCCCCUUUUUCCUCCAAACAUAACGAUGGUCAUAAUGGCCAAACAGUUCUAUUUUUGUUUCAUCAGACCAGAGGACAUUUCUUCAAAAAGUAUGAUCUUUGUCCCCAUGUGCAGUUGCAAACUGUAGUCUGGCUUUUUUAUGGCGGUUAUGGAACAGUGGCUUCUUCCUUGCUGAGCGGCCUUUCAGGUUAUGUUGAAAAAGACUCGUUUUACUGCGGAUAUUGAUACUUUUAUACUUGCGUACUAUUGUUUGUACAGAUGAACGUGGUACCUUCAGGCGUUUGGAAAUUGCUCCCAAGGAUGAACCUGACUUGUGGAGGUCUACAAUUUUUGGCUGAUUUCUUUUGAUUUUCCUAUGAUGUCAAGCAAAGAGGCACUGAGUUUGAAGGUAGGCCUUGAAAUACAUCCACAGGUACACCUCCAAUUGACUCAAAUUAUGUCAAUUAGCCUAUCAGAAGCUUCUAAAGCCAUUACAUCAUCUUCUGGAAUUUUCCAAACUGUUAAAAGGCACAGUGAACUUGGUGUAUGUAAACUUCUGACCCACUGGAAUUGUGAUACAGUGAAUUAUAAGUGAAAUAACCUGUCUAUAAACAAUUGUUGGAAAAAUUACUUGUGUCAUGUGCAAAGUAAAUGUCCUGACCGAAUUGCCAAAACUAUAGUUUGCUAACAAGAAAUGCGUCAAGUGGUUGAAAAAUGAGUUUUAAUGACUACAACCUAAGUUUAUGUAAAGUUCCGACUUCAACUGUACACUGCACGGGAGUUUGAUGGCAUCUUAAUUGGGGAGGACGGGCUCGUGGUAAUGGCUGCAGCGGAAUCAGUGAAACAGUAUCAAAUACACCAAACCUGUGGUUUCCAUGUGUUUGAUGCCAUUCCAUUCGCUCUGCUCCAGAUAUUCGUAUGAGCCGUCCUCCCCUCAGCAGCCUCCCCUGAUACAUUGAUUACACCAAAUAUUAGGUACACCUACCGAAUACUGAGUUGAACCCUUUAAAAGGCCACAAUAAAAUGUGUACUCACCAGAUAUGUCAUCCAUUGAGCAUGUUUGUGAUGCUCUGGAUCGACGUGUAUGACAGAGUGUUCCAGUUCCCGCCAAUAUUUAGCAACUUUGCACAGCCAUUGAAGAGGAGUGGGACAACAUUCCACAGGCCACAAUCAACAGCCUGAUCAACUCUAUGUGAAUGAGAUGUUGCGUUGCAUGAGGCAAAUGGUGGACACAUCAGACACUGACUGUUUUUCUGAUCCACGCCCCUACUUUUUUUGUACAUUAUAUACACAAAACCCCAUAAAAUUAGUGGAUUCGGCUAUUUCAACCACACCCGUUGCUAACAGGUGUUACCAUCCAGCACACGGCCAUGCAAUCUCCAUAGACAAACAUUUGCAGUAGAAUGGCCUUACUGCUCAGUGACUUUCAACAUGGCACCGUCACAGGAUGCCACCUUUCCAACAAGUCACUUCAUCAAAUUUCUGCCCUGCUAGAGCUACUGUAAGUGCUGUUAUUGUGAUGUGGAAAUGUCUAGGAGCAACAACGGCUCAGCUGCGAAGUGGUAGGCCAAACAAGCUCACAGAACAGGACUAUCGAGUGCUGAAGAGCGUAGCGUGUAAAACACCCCUGUCCUCGGUUGCAACACUCACUACCAAGUUCCAAACUGACACUGGAAGCAACGUCAGCGCAAUAACUUCGUCAAGAGCUUCAUGAUAUGGGUUUCCAUGGCUGAGCAGCCGCACACAAGCCUAAGAUCACCAUGCGCAAUGCCAAGCAUCGGCUGGAGUGGUGUAAAGCUCGACUCUGGAACAGUGGCAACGUUCUCUGGAGUUACGAAUCAUGCUUCACCAUCUGGCAGUCCAACGGAUGAAUCUGGGUUUGACGGAUAUCAGGACAACGCUGCGUGCCCCAAUGAUAGUUCCAACUGUAAAGUUUGGUGAAGGAGGAAUAAUGGUCUGGGGCUGUUUUUCAUGGUUCGGUCUAGGCCCCUUAGUUCCUAUAAAGGGAAGUCUUAACGCUACAGGAUACAAUGACAUUCUGGAUGAUUCUGUGCUUCCAACUUUGUGGCAAAAGUUUGUAGAAGGCCCUUUCCUGUUUCAGUAUGACAAUGACCCCAUGCAUAAACUGAGAUCCAUACAGAAAUGGUUUGUCAAGAUCUGUGUGGAAGAACUUGACUGGCCUUUGGGAUGAAUUGGAACGCCGACUGCGAGCCAGGCCUAGUCGCCCAACAUCAGUGCCCGACCUCACGAAUACUCUUAUAGCUGAAUGGAAGCAAGUCCCCGCAGCAAUGUUCCAACAUCUAGUGGAAAGCCUUCCCAGAAGAGUGGAAGCUGUUAUAGCAUCAAAGGGGGAGACCAACUCCAUAUUAAUGCCCAUGAUUUUGGAAUGAGAUACUCAAUCAGCAGUAUAGAUAUGAAGGUUCUUUCUCCAUCUUCCUCACAUUCCUCUCUCUCUCUCUGCCCAUAUGAAUGUACAGUAAUGCUUUUUAAGAUUUAUUAGUAUUAAAAUGUGCAUAUUUUUGCCAAAACGUAACAGCGGUAAAAAUACAAUGUUUACCUCAAUUAUAGUGAAUAUUGUAGGUUCAGCUACUGCAAUGCAUAGUCAGAAAUGUUCAGGUUUAUGUUGUGCAGCUUUGAUGGGUGCACAGUUCAAUCACAUGUACAAAACAAUACCUGUUUUAUCCCCAUGGAAUAGUGUUUACUGGCUUGUUAAGGCAGUGUGCAUAUUGCAAUGUUUAGAUUAAUUUAAAGAGGCUCACUUACACCACAAUCAAACUCCAGCAUUUUGGAUAAUGUUUGUAUUUUCUCAUAAUUGUCAUUUGGUACCAAGCAAUUUAUUUUCAUACACAGACACUUGACGUAAAACCCAUGCUAGCUUGCAUAUUCAUGAAUGUACCAAAGUAUAUAAAUUGUGCAAAUAACUGUUGAAACUGCAAUUUUUCAAUUACAGAAUGCCUCUAGUCUAUUUGCCUAUUCUGGCUACUGUGUGAGUAUGCAUUGAUUGAAUAAAGGUGUUUGCUGACCAA